UCACAGCUCCAUGUGCGCAGUUACACACAAGACAAUUACUCACGCAACAUGUCCGCUUUAGCUGGUUCAUUUGUCAUUUAAUAAAGCUUCUGCAGCUUUUCUGCAGAAAAAACAGUUUGGUAUACAGAGAUAGGUACGCGCUUUUUCACUGGAUGGGAUGCGCGUCUGUCCUUAACUCGCCUUCUUCUUUGUGACAUAUCCCCCCUUUAACUUCCCCCCUUUCCCCGAGCUGAAUUCCUGGAUUCUGAGCGGCGUGUGGCUCAUUGAAAUGGGACCUGGCCAACGGAAGAGUGUGUCCGCGCUUUGCAGGAAAAGUUUGCUUUGGACCGGGUUGGUCCUCUGGCUGAGCACCGUCGCUGACGGGACCUGGAAGACUGGACUUUACAAAACAGCCUCACACACUUCCAUCUAUCAGAAAAAAAACUGGUGUCCUCACACAGUUACCAAGACAGUGAGCUGCCAGGUGCAGAAUGGGACAGUCGUGCAGAGGGUCUACCAGACGUGCCGCUGGCCACAGGGAUGUACAGGGGGCAGCUACAGGACCGUUGUCAGACCUUCCUAUAAAACUGUAUAUCGCACUGUGACCUCACUGGAGUGGAAGUGCUGUCCAGGAUUCAGCGGGACUGCCUGUGAAGAAGGGAAGCAGCAGGUGGCUCAGGAGGCAAUAAGAAAGCCGUCCACACUGCGUCGCCCGCCUGCACGCACAGGAGACCCCCUUUCGAACUGUCUGAACUGCAGUCGAAUCACAGCAAUGAAUGACAGGCUGAGUUCACUGGAGGCUAAGGUUCAAGGACUCACUGCUUUGCCGUCCAUAACGCAACGCUACCCUCUGUCUAAGGGAGGAGUUGCACCAGAGGCCGCCUUAUUGAUGGGAACCUCUCCUGCUCAGGGGGCUCCCGGUGAGCAGGGACCUGCUGGUCCUCAGGGUGAAAAGGGGAGAGAUGGUAUUCCAGGCAGAGAUGGGAAACCGGGAUCUCGAGGGUUGCCAGGUCCCAGUGGGCCUCGGGGUGAAGCGGGGGUAAGGGGCCCAAGUGGAGCUCCUGGAUCAAAGGGAACCCCAGGACCUGCAGGCCCCCGUGGUCCCCCAGGGCUUCCAGGAGAGAGAGGUCUACCAGGUCCCCCAGGCCCACCUGCUCCUGCUAGUGCCCGCAUCCCAGAACCAGACAAUCGGGGAAAAGACCUAUUCUUCACCAACACUUUCCAUGAUUCAAGACCAGGGCCUCAGGGACCCCCUGGGCCAAUAGGUCCCCCGGGCCCAAAAGGCCCAGUAGGACCUCCUGGCCCAUCAGGACAGAACGGUAAACCCGGUACCCCUGGAACACCAGGUGCUGUGGGGCCGAAGGGAGAGCGUGGAGAGAGACAAAACUGUGCCGUACGAUUUCAAUUCAGGGGCCUUCAGGUUACCAAGGCGAGAGGGGCUUCAGAGGAGAGCCGGGGGCACCAGGUCCCAAAGGAGAGCCUGGAGAGAAAGGCUUACCGGACUUUAGCUUGCAGAUGUUCCGCGACUUGCAGGCUGACCUUGAGCUUCUGGCUCGUAGGGUGACGCUGCUGGAGGCUAUCAUCUGGCCAGGUAACGCUGAAACAUCCUCACCCACAGCCCUGCUGGCCCUCAGAUUGACACUUUCUUAAAGAAAAAAAGCCAAUCUAGAAAUCCUAACAAAGGUUGGAAGCAUGACAUUUGAUGAUGGAGUCUUACUGAGCUGCUGAAUGUUGAUUUAGUCACCGUUGUAUAGGUAUUUUGUGGGGAUGUGUUAAUCAUUUCUGGGGGACGUUUCCGAUCAAGCAAAAUAUUGCUUCUAUUGAUGAAAAAAAAUGCUUUGUCUGGACAGUGGUGCUGCACCAGUGUAGUCCGGUACUUUAUUAGGAAGAAAAUAAAACAACCACACUGUCAUUCGUCACAUCAGUCAGAAAAUGGUGCUGUAGAAUCAGUUGGGGCACGCCUCUGUGUGGAGUUUGCAUGUUCUCUGUGGGAUUCUUCCCGCAUCCCAGAAACAUGCAUGUUAGGCUAACUGGAGACUCUAAAUGGUCCAUAGGUGUAAAUAUGCGUGUGAAUGGUUGUUUGUUUCUAUGUGCCCUGUCAUUGAUUGGUGACCAGUCCAGGGUGUACCCUGCUUCUCGCUUGAAGUCAGCCGGAGCCUAUCUCCAGCUCACCCGUGACCCUAAUAGAACAAGCGAUAUCGGAAAAUGAAUGAAAAAAUAACAAAAGUUUUAUCUCAUGAUAAGAUCUGAAGUACUGUUAUAAACUCAUUAAAUCUUUCGGUGAAGCCUGUGACCGGUGUUCUGCUACUACUAAACAUAACUAAACUGCUUUGAAUCGAAUUUAUUCUGGUGGGAUUUCCUAGAACAUUGAUGAAAUCAUCCAGUGAAUAGCAUGCAUCUCCAAAUGUUUUUUCCCACACAAUAUAUUGAACGAUGGAACACACAAAAUACCACCACCACAUAGAAUAAUGUAUUGUUAUUAUUAUUAGUACUAGUAGUACAGUGGUACCUCGGUUAACGUCUGCCCCGGUUAGAGCAUUUUUCAGUUAACAAACAAAAAUGUUUGCUAAAAUUUUUCCUUGGUUUGCAUCCGCCUGCUUGUUUAGUAUGUAUUGUUUAGUAUACAGUAUACAGUCCGGUUUGUUUAUGCCGCUAUCUUGAAUCACGCGCACGAGACGAAAUCUUGUGAUACUUGCAUGUGACCGUGCAAUGCAUUGUGGGCCGCGGGCACCAUUUUAGGACGUUUGUAUCACAGUUGUACGGAGACACACGACGUAACAAACACAUGGGCAACACAGAAGAGAAAAGCGAUGGACCGUACCGAAACAAGUGUGCAAGACCCAAGAAUUUUACGGCUUAAAGAGAAGGCCGUCGUCAUUUCAGAGGUAUGUAAAUGUGACGGGGAGGCUCAGUCAUCGGCUGCGUGCACACACACACAAACAUACAGUACAAAAGUAAUGUUAAAUGUUGUCCAUUCAUUUGUCUUAUGUUUGCCUCAUUUUCUGCAUGUAAAACUCUAAUAUUUUCUAUGAAAUGUGUUUUGUGUUAACAUUUUUGGGUGUCUGGAACGGAUUCAUUGGAUUUACAUUAUUCUCUAUGGGAGAAUUUGCUUUGGUUCGAGUCCGUUUUAGUUAGAGUCUGACCUUCUGGAAUGGAUUAAUGACAUGAACCAAGGUACCACUUUAGUAGUAGUAGUCAUCAAAGUUAUUUGUUUUAUGAAUUUUAAAAAUAAUACAUAAAUUACAUGUGUGACAGUGAAAGUGGUGACUGUAUCUUUGUACACGUGCUUGAUGAGUUUUUAUCCAUUAGGAAAAUUUUUUUUUGGUUUAAACCAAAUUCACAAAAUUUGGGGACGUGGACACAUGCUUUUCACUGGACAGCAAUGAUACGAGUAACAGCAUUAAGCUUGUAUGAGUACUUAAACAAGAGUCUUAGGUUAGUACCGGACGUUAUGUUGUAGCCCCACUAGCCAGACAUGCACACUUAACAGCAAGGAUAUGUGAUAGAGCUGCUCACGUACUUACAUGUACAACAGCACUGUAGGUGUUCAAUCCAUCAGUUCCUGCUUGUGAUAGUUAAAAACCUUGUGAGAUUAAGACAACAGUGUGCACGUGGCAUGCACAGUGCUGGGCAGGGAGGCCCUGUUCCAACUGCUGUCUUUCUUCAACAGAACCUGAUCUAGGCUCUGGGGAUGGACCAUUUGGCACAGCCUCCCCUAGUUUCUACAGAGAUAAGCGAGCAGGUGCGCUUCCAUAUCGACUUGCUUCUCCUCUGUCUUCCGACACCAAGGUUCGAGGGGAGUAGCCCUCCGAUCACCCUGAGGACCGCAGGCUGGGUUGGCUCCCCUCUCUUUAGCUCACAUCAGCACUCAACACUUAUUUGAUCACCCUGGUGGGGGGGGGCUUUACUAUCAGAUUUCGGUUGGGGGACACCUCAGGGAAACUCCAGUGAUACUCCACCAUCUGGAAUGUGAGAAGUAGUUUGACUUCCCCAUCGCCAUAUCCACUCCCAUUAUGCACCCACCAGCUACUACCUGGGCCUCAUGGUCAUGUUUGUCAAAAGGAAGGUCUGAACCAUCUGUGGUGCUCCUCAGGCCUCACGUCUGGGCAAUAAGGGUCAUUUAGAGUAAUCAAUUUGUUGACAUGAGAGACUUCAGUUUGUAUUAUUUUUCAGUGUAACCACAAUGCCACCAGAUGUCAUUAUUUAAGUAUAUUUAGCAUGUACAUUGUGCAACUACACGAACAAACCUCCAGUGUUAAUUUUGUCGUACUUCUCUUAUACGGUUAAACUCAGUGUUACGUAGUGCACUAAAAAGAUUAAGUCAUCGCUACUUAAACUGAGACAUGUGUUGCUACAAGUGAUUUAUGAUUCUGAUGUGUUUUCCCAAUGAACAUGCACACUGAAAAAGUGAUUUAAAAUACAACAUUUACAUUUGUUACACAUCGACUGAAUCCUUGAAAUCCUUGGUUUUUUUUCAUUCUGGGGAAAAAAAAACAAACUUUGAACACAUACUCAGAGGAAAUAGCAAAACUGGAACCAGUGUUAUGUCGGUACUGUCAUGAUGAAAAGACAACUUGUUCCUUUUUUCAUUUUAUAUCAAACUUAUUGUGAAAGUAUUUAAAAUUGUCAGUGGUAGUUUAUUUUGUAUGCUGUCGUGUAAUCAUUUCAUAUUUUGAUUUUUUUUUUUUCAUUUCUUGAAAAUGUGUUCGUUUCAAGAUAAUCCUGUCUCAAUGAUCGCUGUAAUAAAAUGAUGUCCACUGUUUUUUUUUUUUAAACAUGUCAAUUCAUUUUGGAUCACUACAUAAAUAAUCACACAUCAAUACAUGCAAUAAUAAACAUUCACUCUGAAAUAGAGAGGAAUAGUAAGUGAUUAAGUGACUGAUCAUAAAGAAUUCUGUAGAUCGUGUGGAACUGGUGAUUGAAAUUAAUCAUCCAUUUGAGGCAAAAUGGAGUGCACUACUAUGCUACAACCAGCAGAGGCGCUGUUGAUCUGAACUAGUUAAUUGUCUAAAGAAAAAACACAUUAGCUAUGGUAAGUUGAGCUACAUACACACUAUGGAAACUCCUUUGGGCAGGGCAACAUUAUUCUGCUCAAUAUGACACUCACAAUGAAGCAGGAGGUCAGAAUACAAUAUGUAUGGAUUUUACCCAUUGUUGAUAGAAGAAAUUAAAUCAAACGCCCACCCAUCCUCAGGAAUAAUGUUAAGUGCUUUCUGAUUGCACAGUUGUGAAAAAAACUAGCCAACCCAGAAAAAAAUAAUCUUGAAGCUCAGCAAAAAUCCAAGCAUGCACCUAUAGUUUGUCGUACAAAGCAAACACCGUUUCCGACUCCGUUUCGGAUGAUGUCACCAUAAGUCACCUAAGGGCUUUUUGGUGCCACCGCCUUCUUUCCCUUGGCUACCACCACAGCCUGCUCGCCAACUCUACCAUCUAUGAGCAAGGAGAUGGCACCAUCCAGCUGUUUUGAUGCUGCAAGCGCCACUACAGCUUUUUCUGUGGGGAAGCCCAUCUUCUCCAGCUGUUGUAGUCUAGGGGAAAUGUGCUCAUAAUCAAUCAUUACUCCUUAAAUCAGCAUUGUGUACAAAAGAUGUGGGAAUUUCUGUUGCUACUAACCUCAGAGCAGAAACAGAGGAUUUUGUCACUUCUACUUUUGGAUUGACUUCCUCUGGGGCAUCCUGUAAGGAGGCAAGUAUUCCAGCCCUCAGCAUCUGUUCCUCCACUACCUCUGCGUCAGAUAGGGCAACUGACUCUUGCCUCCAGGCAGGCAGGUGCUCCUCCCCCUGGCAGUGGUUCAAAAUGAAGGGGUCCCUCAUUGAUGAUGGUUUUGUCUGAUCUUCAUGAACAACUGCAGAACAUGAUCUCGACCUGUAAGAAUUAAUGCAACGUAAAAUAACAAGGAUGAAAAUGUGUAUGGCUAUUCAAUGGAUGGAUAGCUCAUACAUCUGUGAUGUUCUGUAGGUUGGCAAUGUGGGCCUGGAUGAAGUGGGAAUAUAUGCUGAAAGGGGAAUGAAGCUCAGGAACUCCAUCUCCUGGAGCAUCCCAAUGAAGGUCUGACUGUCUGAAAGGUUGAUUCAGUACAACAAGAAGAAGAGGCAAGUAUAUACAGAAAAGGGGUUUCAUGUCAUCUCUGCACCAGUUGCAAUUGGCAAACAAUCUUUUAACUUUCUGGAAUUCAUUCGAUAGGACUGGUUCGCACUUGAACUAUAUUUCCUCCACUGCUAAUAAAUAAUGGAGAGACUACACAUGGCAGUACUUCAUUACACUAUGGCAGUGAUACAGUAUUAAGAAAGGAUACAAUUAUGACCAAUGCAUAUUGCACAGAAGUUAAGCAGAGCAGGUGUCCCGGGGAGUAUGAGCAGACAGAGCAGCAGAAGCAACCAGGGCAGAACCCAAACAGGCAACCACCUCUGCAGUCGCCUCUUUGUCAUGUGAUGACACUGAGCGGCAAACAAUGCCAACUGGAUGGCAGCAUAGCCACAGACCAGACUGGCCUCAAAACCAAAGACGAAGAGGACCAAUGUGUAAACAAGAGGUAAUAUGGUCAUUGUCAAGGUGGAGAGGGUAAGGAAGGCGACUGUUCCCCAGCGACGCUCCUGACAUGGUCCAAACAACAGCAGGAGAGAUACACUGACCGCCAGAGAAGGCAAAUCAUCAUGACUGACAGCAUACAAGAACACAUCUAGUAGACAAAAAUGGGGUGGAGAAAAUAAAGCGAUUUCUAUGCAUAAUGUCAAUAAAACAUUUGAACUAUGCAUUAAAUGAAAGGAUACCUCUGAAACGUGGGAAUUCUCCUCCUGGUCCUAAACUGAGACUUGCUUGGAUACCUCCAACAUAUACCAACAUCAUAAGCCCUACUAGCAGGGUUGUUCCUAGAAAAAACCCUGGACGAUCUGAUUUGAACCAUGAUAAUACACGAUAGCGCAUGACCCAAUAUCAGCGUUAUGUUCGUUACUUACUUG